AUGUAUUAUUUCAACACUGAAACCAUUGAUCUUGUUUCAACAGACUACAAAGCACAUAAGAUUUGGUGGGAAGAUGGAAAAGCUGAUGACAGAUGUAAAAUAGAUACCAAUGGCUGUCCUUACAUUAUUCUGGGAUAUGAUGUUAGAGAAUGUCAGCAUGGUCCUGACCGAAACAUCAAAAAGAAGAUCCAAUAUAAAGCAGAAAAAGAAGAAAAGUCGAAAACUGACCCUAGCUAUGUUAUGAAAGGCAGGACUCUGAUUCAAAACACUAAAAAGAUGAUAUGUCCUGCUAGGAUAACCCAGAGACGCAUUAUUAAAUUUCCAGGAUACAGGUUAGAAAAUAGUUCAAGUAAAUGGAGAAGGAAGCAGACUGCACAAACUCUUCGCAAAGCUUUGGAUGAGUCAUCUGUAGAUGUUGUGAAAGAAGAAGAAAUCCACAUGUAUUAUCCAACUGCAGAUGACCAUAAAAACCAUACAAUAGGAGAGUUUGCUGGACUUUGUCAACCAGUUGGACCAGAAGUUAAGGCAAAAAUUAGACAACUGGUUGGAGAUGGGGUGACAAAAGUGUCAGAGAUGAAGCGACAUUUAAAAGUCUUUGUUAAAAAAGAACUAGAAAUUGAGGACCAGACCAUACCUAGCCGUCGGUUUUAUCCAACGGACAAAGACAUCAGGAACCAUAUGGAUACAACAAAAAACAAAUUCAGAUUUUCCAAAGAUGAUCAGACUAAUCUUGAACAUUUAGUUCAAGGAUGGACAAAGACAUUUCCAGAUGAUAAUUUUUUUUUAAGAACAUGCUUACAUGGACCAGAGGAUAGAACAUCUGAUGAAAAGUUUGUAUUUGUUCACCAGAGCAGAUGGCAAAAAAGACUGUUGAAUUUAUAUGGCAAAGAAAUUUGUUUUCUUGAUGCAACAUACAAUAGAUCAAAGUAUGAUUUGCCACUGUUUUUCAUUUGUGUAAACACCAAUGUAGGGUAUAUAAAUGUUGCAACAUUCAUAACAGCAGAUGAACUUGCAGAAUCUAUCAAAGAAGCACUACAAAAAAUCAUGCAGUGGAAUGAAGACUGGAACCCUCCUUAUUUUAUGACUGAUAAUGAUUCCUGUGAAAUAUCAGCUAUAGAAGAAUCAUUACCAGUGUAUGCAAAUGAAUUAACUGGUGUGGAGAUUGAUGAAAUACAAGUUCUAGAACGAGUUAAGGGGAUAUGGGAUCAGGAGGAAGAAACUGGUUAUAUAGUUGCUAAAGUUUUCAACAUCAAUAUAACAGAUGGUGAUAUUAGAUCCCUUAGAGAUAAACACUGGCUUACAGAUCAGGUCAUGGAUGCUUACCUAGGAUGCCUUGCCAACUGGGAAAAUGACCAGCAUAGAAAAGUAUUUCAAAUUCCAACAGCUGCAAUGACCAAAAUACUGAACGGAGAGUGUUCCAUUAACACAACUUUACAAAAUGUACAUCUGAUGGAUUAUGACAUUCUCCUUGGUGCUUACUAUCAAGAUGGAGCUCACUGGGAUCUUAUGAUAAUUGAACCUAUGACUGGGAGCCUAUACUUUUAUAAUCCCUUGGGGGAAAGCGCAGGUCAAAAGAAUAAUAUUCUGCUGAACUGGAGAAUGUUUAUAGAGAGAAGAAUCAUGAUUGGAUUAGAGAUAGAUAAAAACAUGGCUUGGAAUACGAUUCCCAAACAACAUUCUAAACAACAUGAUGGAAGUAGUUGUGGUGUUUAUGUCUUAACGUUUGCAGAACGACAUUUAAGAAAUGAACAACUAACUGAUAUUGGUCAAUAUGAAAUCAAGUUGGGUAGGAAAAGAAUAGCCAAUAAACUUUUAUGGUUUGAAGUUUAUCUAUGUGAUUGCUGUCCUGUCUGUGGAUUCAUGAUUCAGGAUGAUCAAGAAAUGGUAACCAUUACAUAUUUUUCUCUUAUUCUUACACGAAUUUUCCUGAAUGACAGAAAGAUAUCCGACCAUAAAGAUAAAUGUGGUGCAGGAGUAUUUUGUCAGGGAAAUUCACUAUAUAAAAAGUGCUUAAAAUGUUUCCAGACAUAUCAUUCAAGUUGUAUUAUAUCUCAUGAGGAAGCAUUUGUAUGUGGAUGUCAUAUCCGACGACCAUAUCAUCCAAAAGACCUCAAUAUAUACAAGGAUGAAGUGAGGUUCAUUGAAACUCUGGAUAUGGUAGAUAUAAAGAAAUUAUGUAACAAGAUUAGAAGAACAGAGUUGCCUUCUUUUCGUUGGAAUGUUUUCAGACAGUUCAAUUCUAAGAAAAGAAAAGAUGUGAAAACGUUGAACUGCCUUCAAUUCAUUCCUUCUGAAAAUAUAUAUAUUGAACUGAGGAAUAAGAUCAGCAGUAAAGGGGCUGUAAAAGAAAAUGAUGAGAAGCUACUUGAUGUCUUUUUACCAGAGGUGAUGGUAAGCUUUGUUAUGAUGGUGGAAGGUCUGAACAGAUUUCAGUCUGAGCUGUUCUUGCGUACAGAUAUUCACAAAUUGAUACAACCUAGUAGUGAAUGAGUUUACACAAGAUAUUUGAAGAAAACAAAUAAGUCGAUUUAUUAUUGAUGAUUUACCAAUGUUUUCAUAUAUAGAUAAAAUAUUGUGAGAUGAAAGAUAUUGUAGUAAAUUGAGCGUUAAUUUUGCUUGUAUAAACAUGGUUGUCCUUACCGAAGUGUGAAUUAUGUGCUUUGUCUUAAGCUUGUCAAUAUUAUUAACAAUAGUGUCUUGAAAACCUAUGUUAUAUCUUUUUGACUUUUGGUAGUUCAAAGUAAGUCAGCAUCAACAUGAUCAAGCUAUUAAAAUGUUGGGGUAACUAUGAAUUUAUGGUGCACAACAUGUGUAUUGAAAAACUUACAAUUACUUCUAGGGCGAGUUAGGGAGAAGUCCAAAAAAUAAGUGUAAUUCCAGAUAAGUUCUAAGAUUACACAACUUUUUCAUCCAGUUGAAACUAUCUAGGCCCCUGUUAAAACAUUGCACCAUGAAUGAUACUUUUAAAUGAGACCUGUUUAAACUACCGUAAAAAUUUAAACAAACAAUUUUUACUUCAAUUUUAAUUUCGAAAAAGUGGAUCAUACUUUAUCAAUGUUUCUUACUGAUCGCUUUCUAAAGUUUUUCCUCUCUCAGCUCACUACUGCUGAUGACCUUUAUUUUCGGAGGCCUGACCCAAACAGGAAGUUGUAUAAAUGACUGUUUUCCCCGGAUUGGAGUAAAUAGGGUUAAUGUGUAUAUUUUGCUUUCAUUAAGUGAUGUUUAUAUGAUUGUCCAAAACUUAAUGCUAAGUUUCAUACUUCUUCAAAAUAAUAUGGUUAAAUAUAUGUUGGAAAUAUUUUGUCUGCAAUUUUAUUACUUUUGCUGAUCCAGGUAUAAGAGUGAAGUUAAUGAAAUUAUGAACCUGAAAAACUUUUAUUUUACUAAAUGGUGAAUAAGAGAGAUGUCUAAAUAAUUAUUUAUGCAAACCAAAUUCAUUGUUUACAAAACAAUAUUUAAGAUAGUAUUUCAAACGUUUGAUUGGUCUAAAUGUUUGCUAUUUUGUAAUACAAAAGACUUUCUACCGCCCAGACCAUUGGUGUCAAAAAGUAUUUUUAGCCAAAAAAGUCAUAUACAACAUUUUCGAAGCCCAGCAACGAUAUAAUAGCCUUUCAAGAUGUCAUAAUUAUUUGGACUAAAUUACACAGUACUUUCCAAAAAUGAUUUGAAAUCAAUGUGGUUGUUGUCAGGAUGAACGCUGAGCGUAUAAUGUCAGACAAGAUAAAUGUUAUCCAUCAUUGUCCAUAAGCCAAAGAUUGAUAAAAAAAAAUUAAGCUUGAACAUGUUGAAGUUGAAAUUCUAAAACAAUAACAAAUCUGCUGAUUCAUAUCGUAUUACUAUCAUUCUUACCACUUAUAUUCGGAAUUGUUACAGUGUCCAAAACAAAAUUAAUAAAACCCUUGCAAUAUUUCAUUUUCAAUAUUUUGUUCAAAGAACCCUAUGUUUACUGCACUGUGACAAAAUUUAAAAUGAUGUAAUGCAGCCUGUGACGUCAAGUGUGAUUCGCUGUAAUUCGAAGCGAUAUAGUUUGUUUGUUAUUUGCUUUUUUAUUGUAAAUAUUUUUAUUUUUUGGUAAUUACCGAUAAACAGAAUAAAGGACUUUUUGUAUUUGAUACUGACUUUAUCACUGUAAAAUAUCAGGCUCGCCCUUCAGGCUCACCUGAUAUUUCACAGUGAUAAAGUCAGUAUCAAAAACAAAAAACAUUUAUUGGCUCAUGCUUUGCAACAUUAUACACUAUUUUGGUUAUACUGUUGAGUUACUUUAGUAUAUACAUUUCAAUGAAUACAAAUUUUGAUUAUUUGGAAGAAUGAAAUAAAGUGACCUUGGACCUGUGUAUGCAAAAAAUUGAAUGCUCUAAUUGAAAAAGAUAAUUAAGUUUAAAAUAGAAUUUAAAACAUAUAACACUUAGAAAAAAUAAUGUGCAAAGCCCAUUAGGAAUGAUAAAUAAAAAAAAACCAGAAACACCCGUGUCAAAUUGGGUACAAAUCAUGCAAUGGAACAAAGUAUUUUGUAAUCAUGAUACAAAUUAUGGACCACAUGGUGUAUAUAUAUAUAUGACCAGUAUGUAUUAUUAUGUUGAUGCAGUAUAUUAACAAUUAGUAAAUUUUAUGAUUCUGAAGUACAGUUUAUUUUUAGACUUGACAAUCGAAUGAUGUAAAUGUUUUCUAUUUGUGUUCAUUGUUAAAUUUUGGCCAGGUAACCAUCUGUUACUUCUAUUUUAUUUCACUUGUUAAAACCUUAUGUAUCAAUGUU